CGAAGUCCUGUUCUGUCGGCUCAUGCACCCUUCUCUCCUCCCGCAGAGAACAGCCCAUCUUCACUACGCGGGCGCACGUCUUCCAGAUCGACCCCAGCACCAAGAAGAACUGGGUGCCUGCGAGCAAGCAGGCAGUCACCGUUUCCUACUUCUACGAUGUCACCAGGAAUAGCUAUCGCAUCAUCAGCGUGGAUGGAGCCAAGGUGAUUAUAAACAGCACCAUCACACCCAAUAUGACCUUCACCAAGACGUCGCAGAAGUUCGGGCAGUGGGCUGACAGCAGAGCCAACACGGUGUUUGGCCUGGGGUUCUCCUCGGAGCAGCAGCUAACAAAGUUUGCAGAGAAAUUUCAGGAGGUGAAAGAAGCUGCCAAACUAGCCAGAGACAAGUCCCAGGAGAAAAUCGAGACCUCGAGCAAUCAUUCCCAGGUGUCCAGCGUCAAUGGGACAGACGAUGAAAAGGCCUCUCAUGUGGGUCCUGCUGACACACACCUCAAGUCUGAGAACGACAAGCUGAAGAUCGCCUUGACACAGAGUGCCGCCAACGUGAAGAAAUGGGAGAUGGAGCUGCAGACCCUGCGGGAGAGCAACGCCCGGCUGACCACAGCGCUGCAGGAGUCGGCCGCCAGCGUGGAGCAGUGGAAGCGGCAGUUCUCCAUCUGCCGCGACGAGAACGACCGGCUCCGGAACAAGAUUGACGAGCUGGAGGAGCAGUGCGGCGAGAUAACCAGAGAGAAGGAGAGGAACACGCAGCUCAAGAGGAGAAUCGAGGAGCUGGAGUCGGAACUGCGGGAGAAGGAGACGGAGUUGAAAGACCUCCGCAAACAAAGUGAAAUCAUACCUCAGCUCGUGUCAGAGUGUGAAUACGUCUCUGAGAAGUUAGAGGCGGCAGAGAGAGACAAUCAGAACCUGGAGGACAAGGUGCGUUCCCUCAAGACGGACAUUGAGGACAGUAAGUACCGUCAGCGCCACCUGAAGGUGGAGGUGAAGAGCUUCCUAGAGGUGCUGGACGGCAAGAUUGACGACCUGCACGACUUCCGCCGCGGCCUCUCCAAGCUGGCGGCUGACAACUAGGGGCCGCGGGGGGCGGGGGUGGGCCGCAGGGGGGACGGAGUGGGGGCGGCCUCCCGUCGGCGUCGCUCCCCUCGGCGUGGGUGCGGUCUCGCGCGUUUGCGCACCGGGGGCGCCGUCCACCCUCGCCUCCCCGGCCCGGCCAGGCUGCGGACCCCGGGACGCCGCUGACUCAGGAACCCCGCGCCAGGUCCCCCUUACGCGUUUACGCAGUCAGGGCAGGGAUGUUUGUAUCUUUCUCAAGGGCUGUUGCAACCACACCAACCGAACAAAGCGUUUUCUAAUCCAAAUACGAACACCCUUUACACCUCCUUUUUCGGAAGAGCGGUCGGAGUAUUUGAGUGCCCGCCGGGCACCAGUGUGGGGGUCCCGGGGCGGGGGGGACAGCUUCCCUCGCUGUCAGAACCAAGAUGCUUUCAAGCGGUCUGAGUGAGACUGGUCCAGAGAAAGAGACCAGGUCUCUGGUGGGUGCACGGGGGUGGCCUGCAUCCACUCCGCCCGCCUCCCCCCACCUCCAGUUUGUAGGGUUGCCACAACGUCCCUUUCCUGGGCUUUCAUUUCUGAGCAGAUUGCGUGCUGUGGGGGCAGAGCGCAGCGAGGGCGCCUGGCACAGUGCCUGGCACGAAGUAGGUGCUUAAUAAAUCUUUGUUCAAUUCAACUUA